AUGUGGUGGUGGAGUGAUCGAGUGAAGGUGGCGAUUCGAGCACACAAGACUGAUUUUAAAAAGUGGCAGCAAAGUUCCGAAGAUGAAGAUACAGGCUCGUAUGGUUUAGGAUAUCGUCACAUACAAGCAUUGCUGAUGUUUUUAACUCUUGCCUUCGGUUUCAUUGCGAGUGGUCAUGCAGGAGUGACGAUUGUUGCGAUGUCGAAUCCUGAUAAUAAUACUGCGGACACAGUAACCAGAAGGCUAAAUUGGAAAUUUGAAUUGACUGAAACGCAUGACAUCGUUAGACAUUUGGAUAUAUAUCAACUUUAUGAUUGGCCGAAGUCAGUACACGAGAUUAUUCUCGGGGCGUUUUUCCUUGGAGUUGCUGUCAUGAUGUUUCCUAUCGGUCUCUUGGGACAGCGAUUUGGUGGAAAGCUUUUGCUUCAAAUAUCAUUGUUUUUAAAUGCAGUCACAUCGCUUGUGGCACCUUGGUUAAUUGCAUGGGGUGAUUGGAUAUCAUUUGCCGUAAUUCGUUUCUUGCAAGGCGGUGCUCUAGCUGGACUUUACCCCGGAAUCCAAUUUACAGUCACGCAUUGGUUUCCUAUUAGCGAACGGAACUCUCUCAGCAGCUACAUUUAUGCGGGUACAGGCAUUGGAAGCACGUUUGCGUUCUUAUUAGCAGGUAUUCUGGCUGAGAGUGAAUUGGGAUAUCCGGGCAUGUUUUGGUUAGUCGGAAUAUUAUGUUCAAUUGCGUUUUUCUUGCUCACCUUCCUUGGAUCUGCUACCCCCAAUGAACAUAGAUUUGUGUCAGAGAAGGAGAAAAAAUAUAUUGUACAUGAUCAUGUUGAAGAAGUGGUGACGAACACCAAAGUUCCAUGGAAAAACAUACUUACUUCGAUUCCUCUGUGGGCGACUGUCAUAGCACACGUGGGAAAUUCUGUGGCAUUUGUGUUUAUCUUUAAUCAAGUUCCAUCGUACAUGGUUGGAGUGUUGAAUUUCGACAUAAUGGCUAGUGGUAUUCUGACAGCACUGCCUUACUUGGGUUCAUGUAUCUCGGCGUUAGCAUUCGGUAAUCUGUCCGAUUAUUUAACUAAUAGAAAAAUCAUCAGCAUGAAAAUGGCGAGAAUAAUAUUUAAUUCGAUUGCGUGUUUUAUACCAGCGAUAUGUCUAAUAAUAGUGACAUUCACGAACAAUAGCAUUUUAGCCGUUGUCUGCUUUGUCAUACUUUCGACGGCGAAUUCUGGACACCACUUUGGUUGGAUGGUAAAUUACAUAGACUUAUCGCCAAACUAUUGCGGAACCCUGAUGGCGAUAGGAAACACAUUAACCAACAUCUUUGCUGUCGUCUUACCCAUAAUAAUUUCCUUUGUUGUAACUGAUAUGACAAAUCGGUACCAGUGGCGCGUCUUAUUAUUAUUGAUGGCUGGUUGCACUUUUGUUAGUAAUGUCAUCUUCAUCAUGUUCAUGUCAGCUGAUAUUCAACCCUGGAACAAAUUAGAUGAAGAGGAAGAAGAGGACGCCGCUAAGCAAGCUUAA